AUUCAUUCUGCAGGUUCCCCUCCCAACCUCUCUCACACACAUGCUCCCCUAAGCCGCGCGCGCCGCAAACUCAGUCUUGGUCCCCGCAGGUGAUGUCAUGCCCAUUGUUUUGGUGCGCCCAACCAAUCGGACUCGCCGCCUGGAUUCUACCGGAGCCGGCAUGGGCCCUUCCUCGCACCAGCAGCAGGAGUCCCCGCUCCCGACCAUAACGCAUUGCGCAGGGUGCACCACCGCCUGGUCUCCCUGCAGCUUUAACAGCCCUGACAUGGAAACCCCAUUGCAGUUCCAGCGCGGCUUCUUCCCAGAGCAGCCGCCGCCACCGCCGCGCUCCUCACACCUGCAUUGCCAGCAGCAGCAACAGAGCCAGGACAAGCCGUGCGCGCCCUUCGCGCCCCUCCCGCACCCUCACCACCACCCGCACCUCGCACACCAGCAGCCGGGCAGCGGUGGCAGCAGCCCAUGCCUCCGGUGCAACAGCUGCGCCUCCUCCGGUGCCCCAGCGGCGGGGGCGGGGGCGGGGGAUAACCUGUCCCUGCUGCUCCGCACCUCCUCGCCCGGCGGCGCCUUCCGGACCCGCACCUCCUCGCCGCUGUCGGGCUCUUCGUGCUGCUGCUGCUGCUCGUCGCGCCGGGGCAGCCAGCUCAAUGUGAGCGAGCUGACGCCGUCCAGCCAUGCCAGUGCGCUCCGGCAGCAGUACGCGCAGCAGCCCGCGUCCGCCUCCCAGUACCACCAGUGCCACAGCCUGCAGCCCGCCGCCAGCCCCACAGGCAGCUUGGGCAGCCUGGGCUCCGGGCCCCCGCUCUCGCACCACCACCACCACCCGCACCCGGCGCACCACCAGCAUCACCAACCCCAGGCGCGCCGCGAGAGCAACCCCUUCACCGAAAUAGCCAUGAGCAGCUGCAGGUACAACGGGGGCGUCAUGCGUCCGCUCAGCAACUUGAGCUCGUCCCGCCGGAACCUGCACGAGAUGGACUCCGAGGCUCAGCCCCUGCAGCCCCCCGCGUCCGUCGUAGGAGGAGGUGGUGGCGCGUCCUCCCCGUCUGCUGCCGCCGCCGCCUCUUCCUCAGCCCCGGAGAUCGUGGUGUCUAAGCCGGAGCACAACAAUUCCAACAACCUGGCGCUCUACGGAACCGGCGGCGGAGGCAGCACCGGAGGCGGCGGCGGCGGCGGAGGCAGCGGGCAUGGCAGCAGCAGCGGCACCAAGUCCAGCAAAAAGAAGAACCAGAACAUCGGCUACAAGCUGGGCCACCGGCGCGCCCUGUUUGAGAAGCGCAAGCGGCUCAGCGACUACGCGCUCAUCUUCGGCAUGUUCGGCAUCGUGGUCAUGGUCAUCGAGACCGAGCUGUCGUGGGGCGCCUACGACAAGGCGUCGCUGUAUUCCUUAGCUCUGAAAUGCCUUAUCAGUCUCUCCACGAUCAUCCUGCUUGGUCUGAUCAUCGUGUAUCACGCCAGGGAAAUACAGUUAUUCAUGGUGGACAAUGGAGCAGAUGACUGGAGAAUAGCCAUGACUUAUGAGCGUAUUUUCUUCAUCUGCUUGGAAAUACUGGUGUGUGCUAUUCAUCCCAUACCUGGGAAUUACACGUUCACAUGGACGGCCCGGCUUGCCUUCUCCUAUGCCCCCUCCACAACCACCGCUGAUGUGGAUAUUAUUUUAUCUAUACCAAUGUUCUUAAGACUCUAUCUGAUUGCCAGAGUCAUGCUUUUACACAGCAAACUUUUCACCGAUGCCUCCUCUAGAAGCAUUGGGGCACUUAAUAAGAUAAACUUCAAUACGCGUUUUGUUAUGAAGACUUUAAUGACUAUCUGCCCAGGAACUGUGCUCUUGGUUUUUAGUAUCUCAUUAUGGAUAAUUGCCGCAUGGACUGUCCGAGCUUGUGAAAGGUACCAUGAUCAACAGGAUGUUACUAGCAACUUCCUUGGAGCAAUGUGGUUGAUAUCAAUAACUUUUCUCUCCAUUGGUUAUGGUGACAUGGUACCUAACACAUACUGUGGGAAAGGAGUCUGCUUGCUUACUGGAAUCAUGGGUGCAGGUUGCACAGCCCUGGUGGUAGCCGUAGUGGCAAGAAAGCUAGAACUUACCAAAGCAGAAAAGCAUGUGCACAAUUUCAUGAUGGAUACUCAGCUGACCAAAAGAGUGAAAAACGCAGCCGCCAAUGUACUCAGGGAAACGUGGUUAAUCUACAAAAACACAAAGCUAGUGAAAAAGAUCGACCACGCAAAAGUAAGAAAGCAUCAGCGGAAAUUCUUGCAAGCUAUUCAUCAAGCUCGGAAAUUAAGAAGUGUGAAGAUGGAACAGAGGAAACUAAAUGAUCAAGCGAAUACCCUAGUGGAUCUGGCCAAGACCCAGAAUAUCAUGUAUGACAUGAUUUCCGACUUAAAUGAAAGGAGUGAAGACUUUGAGAAAAGGAUCGUCACCCUGGAAACAAAAUUAGAGACUUUGAUUGGUAGCAUUCAUGCCCUCCCUGGGCUCAUCAGCCAGACCAUCCGACAGCAGCAGAGGGACUUCAUUGAGGCUCAGAUGGAGAACUACGACAAGCAUGUCACCUAUAAUGCUGAGCGCUCCCGGUCCUCGUCCAGGAGGAGAAGGUCCUCCUCCACAGCGCCACCAACUUCAUCAGAGAGUAGCUAGAAGAGAAUAAGUUAACCACAAAAUAAGACUUUUUGCCAUCAUAUGGUCAAUAUUUUAGCUUUUAUUGUAAAGCCCCUAUGGUUCUAAUCAGCGUUAUCCGGGUUCUGAUGUCAGAAUCUUGGGAACCUGAACACUAAGUUUUAGGCCAAAAUAUGAGUGAAAACUCUUUUUUUUUCUUUCAGAUGCACAGGGAAUGCACCAAUUAUUGCUAUAUAGAUUGUUCCUCCUGUAAUUUCACUAACUUUUUAUUCAUGCACUUCAAACAAACUUUACUACUACAUUAUAUGAUAUAUAAUAAAAAAGUUAAUUUCUGCACAUA